AUGGAGGAUUUAACUUAUAAAGCCAAACUUGCUGAACAAGCUGAAAGGUAUGAUGAUAUGAUCACCGUCAUGAAAAACGUGAUUAAGCAGGCUACCGAACUCAACGUAGACCAGCGAAACUUGCUCAGUGUUGGCUACAAAAACAUCGUAGGUGUUCGAAGAACUGCUUGGCGCACAAUUUCUUCCCUUGAAGAAAAAGAAGAAAGCAGAGGAAAUGCCAAGAGAGUAGAAUUAGCCCGCGCCUAUCGCCUGAAAAUUGAAGACGAGCUUAAUAGAAUUUGCCAAGACAUUCUUACUGUUAUCAGCGAUGUCCUCAAAAAACAAAAUUCGAGCGAGGCAAGGGUCUUUUUCUUAAAGAUGCAGGGUGAUUAUUAUAGAUACAUGGCUGAAUACCAAACUGCUGGAGCAAAUAAAGCUAAGUAUGGAACCACUGCAGCUGAUAAUGCCCACAGAGUUUAUCAAGAAGCUAUGGAUCUUGCCAAUUCUGAACUUCCACCAACUCAUCCUAUAAGACUUGGGCUUGCACUUAAUUAUUCAGUUUUCCACUAUGAAGUUAAGGAAAACCCGACUGAGGCUUGCAAUAUGGCAAGGACUGCUUUUGAUCAAGCCAUCGCGGAACUUGAUAACUUACUCCCCCCCCCCCUCCGUGAGCGAACAAAACCAUUAGAAAAAUCGCCCAUUUUUUGACCAAAAACCCACCCUCCGUGAGUGAACAAAAAUUUUUUUUAAAUAGAAAAAAUUUUAAUGGAAAAAAAUUUUGAUAUAUAAGUGAUAAUUAGUAUAAUGAAAUCUAGAGCUAAUUCUGUUUAAUUUUAAACAAAUUGCGUUUUAAAACAUAAAUUUUGCAAAUUAAAUUAAUAUUUGCUUCCCAAUUUUUGCAAAUUAGGAUUUUUUUAAAUUUCGAAAAAAAUAUUUUUUAUAAAAUUUAUAUAUAAAUUUUUUUUAAAAAAAAAAAAUUAACCCCCCUCCGUGAGCGAACAAAAUUUUUUUGUUCGCUCACGGAGGGGGGGGGGGGAGUUAGAUGAAGAUCAAUAUAAGGACAGCACCACAAUAAUGCAACUUAUCAGGGAUAAUUUAACUCUUUGGACGUCCGAAAUGAACGAAGAGCCUAAGGAUGGCACAAACGUCGAAGAUCUUUAG